UUUAGUUCUUGGCGUUAUCACAUAAGCAUGAGACGUCUUCUGUGUGUCACCGCAUUGAGGAAUAUUUGUAAAAUUGGGAAAUACACACAGCCUGGUAUUUCCCUGGCAGCUUGCAAUCAAACGUUAUAUCGUCGUAGAUUCUGCACGAAAUCGACAAAUAACGGACCAGGCAUGGAUCUUAGCGACAUGCGAAAGAGUUACAAAGGCGAUGAGGAGUGCUUCGAGGAGGAUCAGCUUGUGUCUCUGGACCCCAUAAAGCAGUUUGGGGACUGGUUUGAUCUGGCAACCAAAUGUCCCCAAGUAGGAGAGGCCAAUGCCAUGUGCAUCGCCACAGCCUCAAAGGAUGGGCGGCCCUCUGCACGCAUGGUUCUGCUGAAAGGCUACAGUAACGAGGGAUUUCGGUUCUUCACUAACUACGAGAGCCGCAAAGGUCAAGAACUGGAAAGCAAUCCCUACGCUUGUCUCGUGUUCUACUGGGAACCACUGAAUCGACAGAUUCGGAUCGAAGGCACUGUGGAGCGGAUCCCAUUCCAGAAGUCCUGUGAUUAUUUCCACUCUCGGCCCAAGAGCAGUCAGAUUGGGGCAGUGGUGAGCAGGCAGAGUACGGUGAUUCCCAGCAGACAGUACCUUAGACAGAAGAACACAGAGCUGGAGGAGAAGUAUAGGAACACAGAUGUCCCCAUGCCAGAUUAUUGGGGGGGGUACAUAGUAAGGCCGUCUCUCAUAGAGUUUUGGCAAGGCCAGACCAACCGCUUACACGACCGCAUUGUCUUCACCAAGCGCAAGGACGGAGAGGAGUUGGGAGAGAUGCAGCAUGAGGCAGAGGGGGGUUGGGUCUACCAGCGCCUCUCCCCCUAAUACAGACAGAGGGGGUGGGUCUGCCAGUUCCUCUCCCCCUAAUACAGACAGAACAGCUUGACCAGACCAUCCACAACACGACCAUUAGUUAGCCCAUUAAAGCCAGUAGGAAACCUUUUUAAUAACAUGAACAUUAAACCAAAAACAUGGACAUUAAGUAGUUUCUAAUAACUUUUCAGCUGUGUUUUUCCAGAUUGUAAAUGUGUUUGUUUGUUUGUUUGUUUGUUUUUGUAAUGAAAUCAUCAGGAGUUGUCUGUGUGCUCAGAAGUAGAUAACCAUUUCUCCUGACAUGGGUUUAAGCGAGUCUUAACGUUCACUGUGUUUAGUGAAACCUUGGUUGGAAGGACAGAGACUGUGGACUCUAGCACACACUCUUAAUCUGUAACGUUUAUGAGUAGAUUCUGGGGCGAGCGUGUGAGAUUGAUGAAUGAUUGAUGGAAUGUCUGUCAUGUUGGAUAAUCAGGUGUCUCGCACUGAAAAACGUGUCAGAGAGGAAAAGCACAAACUCCAACACUGCCACAUGAAAUGUGUUGGACUUUCUGUUCCUGUUUGGACUGGAAAAACAAAGUGAAAAGUCAGCUCUUUUUUUGGGGGGAACUCUGACUGUGACAUGGGGGGGGGGUCAUAUCCUGUGUGGUUGACAUGUGUCCACUGAGGUCAGUGUGUUUGUGAUGUAAUGCCUUUUAAUGCAGUGACAUUAAUGUUUAAAUUAAAAGUGCUGAAGUGAAUUGUGCCAAGUCUUCUCUGUAAUGCAGUAAUUUCCUCUAAUCCCGAGGAGCCGUUGGCUGCUGAUUACUGCUCUGUCUCUAAGUGGCGGAAAAAAAACACAGUAUAUGUGGGAUCAUGUGAUCAUUUAUUUCAGAGACAAGCGAUUACUGUGUUGUUUGUCACUUUGUAAAGAAAUGUAUGUUACUAAAGCAAUAUAGUAUAAAACUGAAUAAAAAAUAAAGUUCAAAUUCAA